UUUAUAGCUCACCCUCAGUGCCAGGCACAGAUAGGAGAGAUGUGGUAUAGCGGAGUGCCCUUCCUCAGAUACCUCAACCGGUUCGCCUACCUGAUGUUGGCCAUACCCAUUGGGAUCGUGGUCUGCCCUGUACUGUCCAUAGCAUACCUAUUUACACCCUGGUCUAAGGUUUCUCGGAUUGUGAAGACGCCGCUGAUGAGGUUUCUCUCAUACACCUGUUCCUUCCUAACGUUUCUCAUCUUGAUAACAGUGGUAAAGCUCUACCUGCGGCAUUACAUCGACACAUUUUCCUGUCAGACUCCAGAGACGGUCGCCUAUAUUGUCAUCAUCGUCGUCUUCAUGUGGAUCUCUGGCCUGAUUCUGGAGGAGUGCAAACAGGUGUACCACGCUGGCAUCAAGGACUACCUGGCCUCCUUUUGGAACCUCAUGGACAGCUCCAUGCUUAGUUGCUUGCUGGCUUCAUUUGUCCUGGAGCUGGUGACACCGCUCCGUCUCCACAAGGUGUGGUCAUAUACACGUUAUCAAAGUCCAGUAACGUGGGCCCCAUCCUGGGUUCCCGACCCUGAGUUGGUGUCUGACGUUCUGUUCAGUCUGGGCAUCAUCUGCAGCGUCAGUCGCUUCUCUUUCAUUAUGCCGGCAAACGAGGCCCUGGGGACCAUGCUGGUUUCCUUCAGACGAACUGUGUCGGACAUUGUCAAGAUCUUCGGUAUGUUCAUCUUGGUAAUGAUCGCCUUCACCUGCGGUCUUGCAGCCCUCUAUGCUCCCAGCAGGUGCUACACGAAAAGUUUCAACAGCUUCUCAGCAACUUUGUCCACUCUCACUUGGAGCAUGUUCAGCAUGGGAGAAGUGGGGCACCCUUCCUUGGACGAGGAUGCGUCAGGCCCCUUGUCAUCACUGAUCAACAACGAUGAUCGAUCUAGAGGUGCAGCGCAGGUGGGCAGUUACCUGUAUGGCAUCUACGUGUUCUGUACCACAAUCGUUCUGCUGAACCUGCUGAUCGCCGUCAUGUCCAACACGUUUCAGGAAGUUCAGGACGAGAGGGAUGUGGAAUGGAAGUUCGCCAGGACAGAACUGUGGCUGACGUUCAUUGAACCGGGAAAUCCCGUGCCACCGCCCUUCAAUAUGAUCCCCAGCCCACGCCACCUGUGGCGGUUGGUCCUGUGUCUCUGUGGACGGAACUUGAUGACGGAGGAAGCUAAAAAAUUCCGAUAUGCAUCUGUUCAGACAGGCAGCGGCCCUGAACCUGAACAGUCGGAAGACGACCAGAGCCAGUCAUCCGUAGAGAGUCGUCAAGGGCGGAAGGAUGUGAUGUGUCAACUCAUCCGCAGAUAUGCUCGGCACAUAGAGAGAAUGAGAUUAGAAGGCGAUGGCGACAAGACCUCUGGUGAAGAAAUUCUCAGGCGACAAAUCGAGAGAAUAAAUGUGAAAAUGGACAAACGCCUGGACGAACUGCAAAACAAGCUGGUGCGAGUAGAAAAAGAGGUGGCAACCGUCAGAGAGGAUAGCAGCAAUGUUCGACAGACCCAGGAGCAGCACUUAAAAAAGUUUCUAGAGUUUGCCGACCAUAAAACUCAUGAGAGUGACCGCUACACUCAUUUCUUGGAUGAGGCCAAGUUACAGAUCUUGUCCAGAAUGGACUCGGAGCGGAUUCAGAUGGAGAGAGUGCUUGACAGUCGCAUUAAUAAUGUGGCACGUAAAUUUGAUGACAACACUAUUCACCUGGCCCAGCAGAUAGACAGACUUCAGACAGCCAAGGGAAGCAGAGGGCUAUCGCCAUCUCCAGUCCAAUUUAAAUAG